UGCAUCAAAAACGAGCACCUCGAUCAUCAUGGCUUGCAAAUUGAUAGUGUUCACCGGCCUGCUCGCCGUAGCUCAUGGAGGAAUAAUUGGCGGAGGCAUCGUUGGGGCUCCAGCUGCUGUGGCUGUGGCGCAGCCUGCAGCCGUCGUUCGCACGGAAGACUAUGAUCCCAAUCCUCAGUACAGCUACAGCUACAGCGUCGCUGACGGCCUGACCGGUGACAACAAGGCCCAGGAGGAAACGCGCAACGGAGAUGUCGUCCAGGGUAGCUACAGCCUCGUUGAACCCGACGGUUCUCGAAGGACUGUGUCUUACGCCGCCGACCCGGUCAACGGAUUCAAUGCCGUGGUCCAGAAGGACCCCGCCAUUUCCGUCAAGACCGUCUCUGCACCAGGACCGCUUUUGAGACAAACUCUUGUCACAGGACCCCAGCAAAUCAUCCGGCAACCGAUACUGACCGGGGCCACUGGGCCCGGGGUGGUAACCACUGCUUCCGGGUCGCUACUCCGUCAAUCGGCUGUACUUGCCGGCGGUCAGGUGCUCCGGCAUUCGCUCGUGGCCGGUGAACCCGUACUUCGUCAGUCCGUGAUAACUGCGCCCUCCAUCACGUCUCAGAACAUCAUUAGUGCCCCGUCCGUCAACGGUGGUGUCGUUGCCACCGCACCGCUGGCCUACGGCAUCGGACUGGGACUUAGGGCCGGAUCUCUUUAUGGUGCCCAGCCUGUUCUUCAGUCUGCCUACGGAACUGGAGCUAUAUUGAAGGUUCACUAAGAGGCAGAGAUGCCAACGAUUCAGCAACAGCGUUUUCCUCCGUCGGGUCAAUGUCCACCCGGGACGUAACGUUAUCCGUUUGUCGUAGCGCUGGAUAAAAACGCUGUCGCGGUUUCGCGAACAACUUGAACCGAGUAAAUCUUUAGAAAACGACACUUUAAGAGUAACAAAAACAGGUUAUCGCUUUGAAUUUGGUCAAUAUUUAAUGUCGAUUCGGUAACGCAUCCAACGCUUUUAGCGUUAUAGACAAAUUAUUAGUUGCAGGAAAACUUGUGGUCAAAACACUGAUUGCAAAUUUUUACAUGCUUCUCGAGGUGAUAAUGCAGUUUUCUUUUUUAUAGCUUCAUGUUGAGUUUUUGUUCUCUGAAGUGAUCGUCAAGCUGCCAAUUCACUUUACAUUUUAGAAACAAGUGAUACAAAAUUCUCACGAAAGGCAACAGCCAACUUCUGACUCGAUUGACUAGACGUUUCUUCAUCCCUGUUUUCCAUAUUCUGUUUGCACUGAUUCUUCCUCACACGAUGCACGCGAAUUGUCUAACUCUAAAUCGCUUAAAAAUUAACUAUCUUCUCAUCUGGCAUACGUGAGUUUACACCCAUUGGCACGUAUGCAAUGGACGUGGACAUAUCUAAUCAAGUCUCAACCCUAGCGUUCUGUGACACGUAAUAUUUACCCCAGACGGUGUAUUUUCUCAGUGGCAGCUCUGUAGAGUCGGUAAUAACAAAGAACGCGAUUUCAAACUGAGCUGUUACCUUCUCCCCCACAUUUCACUAGCCAAAGCUUUCAGAGCUAGAUCUGCGAUAAUUCAGCCGACAAGUUUUUCUUUCUUCCAUUAUUUACCUAUACUUUUCCCAACUGACUAGCUGUGAACUAUGGUCUACGAUUUUAUGAGCUUAUAUUUAAAGUAAUCGUUACGCGUAAGCGACACCUUUUAAGCGUAGGUAUUAGUCACGAUUUGUUCGUUAUUAAGCAUAACACAUAAGUCAUUUAUGAUCAAUCCACUGUAACGUAUAAGCAAUGAUUCAAUGUUUUAGUACGCCACAUGAAAUAAACAGGAGAUUCAAAAUAGUCUCUAUUUCAUAUCCGUAAUUACUCAACUCGCUUCUUGCUGGUUCAACAGAAAGUCUAACAGCAUGUGUCAAGGUCCGUGAAUAAUGAGUCGACUGACUCAUGAUGAAUUA